CCGAGCAGGCCUUGGCUUCAGACUAACAGCCACGUCAGCGCAUAAACUGUGGCUCAGGACUGCACGUGGCAUUUGGGAGUGGCCUGGUUAUACUGGCGAAUAUGGCAUAUGGAUCUUAUUCAGUCUGCUGUUCUGUACAGCGUGAUGACCCUUGUAAGCACGUAUUUGGUAGCCUUUGCCUACAAAAAUGUGAAAUUUGUACUCAAGCACAAAGUAGCACAGAAGAGGGAAGAUGCUGUUUCCAAGGAAGUGACUCGAAAACUUUCUGAAGCUGAUAAUAGAAAAAUGUCUCGGAAGGAAAAAGAUGAAAGAAUCUUGUGGAAGAAGAAUGAAGUUGCUGAUUAUGAAGCUACAACAUUUUCCAUCUUCUAUAACAACACUCUAUUCCUGGUCUUGGUCAUUGUUGCAUCCUUCUUUAUAUUGAAGAACUUCAACCCCACAGUGAACUAUAUUCUGUCCAUAAGUGCUUCAUCAGGUCUCAUCGCCCUCCUGUCUACUGGCUCCAAAUAGACCGUGCCAGCUUCACCCUUGGCUUUGUAUCUAUGGGUGGUCUGUGGUGUAUGGAAAAGAAGCCGGGUGGUCGGGGUGGGAGACACACAAGAUGUUUUUAUAGUCUGGAGCUUGAAGGUUUGAAAGACCCAACAAAAUGUAAUUCAAUAUUUGUUUAUUGGCUCUUUUUUGACAAACUGUUGAAAUUACAUGAAUUGGAAAGGAAACUCAGAGUACCAGGACAUUUAUUAAAAAGGCAAAUGUGUCUGGCAAUGUGCUACAAUUACAAGAGGAGAAAAUAACUUGUUUCCUUGAUCUGUCAGAGGUCACAGUAACCUGGACUGAACUGUUAGUAUUUGUUAUAGUAGCAAGAAGUUAAUAGCUGGUUCUGUGUGUUCCAAGCACAAUAUUACAGCUUUUUUUGAACCAUUAAUAUCAGAGUGAAUCCUCUUUCCUCCCUUUUCCCCUGCCUGGGGGGUGGGAUUGAAUGCAUGUUUACAAAUCUCUGAAUAUGUGAUUUGAAAUAACUCAAUAAAAGUUGAAAACAUGGUUUCUCCAAUUUGGGGAAAAGAAA